AAAACAAGUGGCGGGAAUAUGUAUAGUUUAUUUUGCUUUAGUGUGUGUUGUUACUUGUGUGGAUUAGGUGUGAAAGUCAAAUACGAGGACUUUGACAAGCACAGAGAGAGAGAGAGAGAGAGAGGUCUUCGUUCCUGCUAUUACAUACUCAAAUCAAAAGCUUUUUAUUUAUUUAUUUUUUAAAAUUUCUUUAAAAUUAUUCGCAGCGAUGGGUAAGGCAUCGGCAUCUUCAUCGUCGUCGUCGAGGACGAGGAGCCAGACCAACAAAAGUAGUAAAACGCACCGUACUACUACAUCAACAUCUACAUCUACAUCUACAUGUACAGUGUGGUUUGAGCUGAUAAACGAUGACGUAUUGCAGAAGAUUCUAGAGAAGCUACCGGCGUUAUCGUUCGCAUCGGCGGCGUGCGUUAGCAAAACCUGGAACCAACUCUGCAAUCGCAUCCUCUCUCGCCCUAAGAUCUCUUCUGCUCUCUCUCUCAACCCUUCCCCUCAUAUUGCUGUACAAGAGGUUUUUGAUAAGGUGCUGUCGAAGCCGAUUCGACCGCAUUUCGCUAUAGCAAAUAUUGGCAGCAGAUUCAGACUCUUUGAGGCCUUUGGCUUUUGGCUUAUAACAAAAAGAUUGGGAUCAAAUACUCCGUUUAUUAUUUCUGUUGCUGGUGGAAUAAUUGGAAGGGAUGCUCUUAACAAUGAAUUUAAAGAGGUCAUGUGGGGAGAUAUUACUAGUGAUUCAGAUGAUGAAGUUGGUGAGUAUAUAGAAGAUAUAAAUGAUGGCAUUGUUUUGACAGUAGGUUAUGUACCAGGAUUAAAAGUUGAGGCUAUGCCUAAGACUACCCCACUUCUACGAAUAGUAAAGGAACCUCAAGUGGCAAUGUUUGACAAGUUUGUGAAGGAUAUUAAGGAUUUCAAAGCUUCUGUUUCGCGUUGUAUAUCCCCAGCUGGGAUCAUAAUGUCUGGAGAAGGACCUGUGGACUUGAAACCUGUUAUUGAUUUGUUGGGUAAUGGAUGGCUUCCUUUGGUCGAUGAAAGAUUUUUACUAUUACCAAUGACUUGGGGUAGAGUGAUAAGUAGCAAGUUUGUGCUUUAGUUGAUUACAACUUAUUGCAAAUUAUGCCAUGCCAAGGAAAACUGUCAUUGUGGGUGAUGAGAGAGGCCGCUUUCUAAAUUCAAUAUAGAAGUGGGAAUGAAACUAGCAAUGUCUGGGGGAGUACAAAAUACUUAUCAGAUGAUGGAGCUGGAAUAUUCGCAAGGGAUAGAGACAAGUCUAGUGGUAUUUAUUUUUGUGUUUAUUUGUAAAGUACUCUUAUGUUUUCUUAUGUGUCCAAUAUGAAUUGGUACAACAUUUACUAACAUUGAUACCUCUUAUAUUAUUAUGAAUUAAUAGAUUUAUGGGUAAUCUUGGGAAAUAGAAAUAAAAAUAUAUGUACAAUUAAGAGAGAAGAGGGGUGCUGUGCUUUGUGAAGCUCACCCUUUUCCUAUUAAUAUCUGCCCUCGGUUUUGUUUUUA